AUGGUCGGAGCUCGCACGCCCGAAUCCUAUUUUGGAGACUUCAACUGGUUUGUCGCCUUCAUUCGCUACGCUCGCCUCCUAUCUCGAGCAUAUACCUCACUAUUCUCGGUCGGCGUCUCGGACAAUGCAGACGAAUACUUUCUGGACAUUGUGGACCAGUUGACCGAGGAAAUCGAAGACUGGAGGGCUGCCUUGCCAGAUAAUGGCUUCAGACCAGGGGGUUCAAUCAAGCCUGCUGCCUUGCCCGUUUCCUCCGAGACGCAGGCAGUAGCUCUUGUCAUGCACUUCUUCUACAACAGCUUUCUUCAGACCAUCUCGAGGAUGGCCCUUCGUCACCUGCCACCAUCAAACCAUGAUAGGAGAGAAACUGUCUUCAAGACGGUGGAGAAGACUUCUCGAUGUCUUCUAGAACUCACGUCGCUUAUUGAGGUGGCACCUUAUACACCCAUGUGGAUGCUUGUAGGUAUUCCGAUCACGGGCUUCUUCGUUCUAUUCGACCUUGUCAUCCACAACCCUAAAGGGCAACAGGUUGCAUCCAACCUCGCUUUGCUCGAUAUGGUCGUUGGUCACGCCAGCCAACUGGAGUAUGUGUCCCAGGGUGUCAUUCCGGGCUCGAUAAUUGGCGAGUUCGCACACAUCGCAAGAACGUAUGUUGGCGAUGUCAACGGCCAGAGCAUAGCCGGCGGCGCAACGCAGCAGCCGCUUCCAGACACCGGACAGACGCUGUUUUCUCAACCUCACUGGUCUCUGCCGCAUGAUGAUAUUGAGGAAUUCGCAGCCAUGGAUGUUGCUGCUGAUCUCUCGGAGAUGAAUCUGGCUGUUGGAUCAGGGCCACCUGGGGUGGGAGGUCCCAUGGACAUCGAGGGGCUCCCCAUGGGACCCAACACCUUCAUGGGAACUGACGUAAUGAACCUCUUUGGGUACUUUGUGCCCGACUGGGAACCCUUGGUUUACUCAGGACAGACGAGCCAACACGACAUUCCCGCUUCAACUUAUCCAGAUGACCAGCUUGAUGCGCAUCAGCCUUGA